AUGAAGCUUUUUUGGUAUUUAGUUACAUCAUUUAUUAUCUGGGUAGUAGAGGCUGUUCCAGUUAUCCCAUUAGAAACAAGAUCACUGUUAAUACCACCAUCAGAUGAUCCAUUUUAUAAUCCACCUGUUGGUUUUGAAAAAGAGCCCUUGGGAGCCAUCUUAAGACAAAGAAGAAAUGAUCAUCUGUAUGGGUUCUUAUUUCUUCCGCAAAAUAUUGAAGCGGCUUACCAAUUCUUAGUGAGAUCCGAAGAUUCAUUCGGUGAACCAAUUGGAGUAGUCACAACUCUCUUUGUUCCUCACAAUGCUGACCCUACAAAAUUGUUAUCUUACCAGGUUGCAGAAGAUUCCUCCUAUAAAAAUUGCGCUCCAUCCUAUGCUAUGCAAAAUGGAGCCCCACUCUCAACAAUUGUAACUCCACAACUAGAGGGUUUCUUGACUCAAGCUGGUUUGAAUCAAGGAUGGUAUGUAGUUGUUCCAGAUCAUGAAGGUCCCAAGUCAACGUAUGUUGCAGGGUACCUGGCAGGUAAAGCUGUGUUGAACUCUAUUAGGGCAGUUUUGAGCUCAGGAAAUGAUACCGGUAUUGAUCCAGAUGCAGAAGUAGCUCUUUGGGGAUAUUCUGGUGGGUCUCUUGGUACUGGAUGGGGAGCGCAGUUACAUCCAACGUAUGCCCCAGAAUUAAACUUGAUCGGUGCGGCUUAUGGAGGAAUUAUUGUAAAUGUUAGUAGUGUUGCCAAAUAUAAUUUGGGGAAAGCUACUGCGGGGCUUGUAUUCUCUGCUAUAAAUGGGCUUACUAACGAAUACCCUGAAUUGAAUACGUAUGUCAACGAGAAUGUUUUUCCACUGAAAUUAAAAAAAUUUAGAAAGCCUCAAAGUGAAUGUCUCAUUCAAUACGUUCUCCCAUUUGCAUUCAAUGAUUUGAAAGAUUAUAUACCUGAAGGGGACAACGUUUUCAAUACAGAUCUCGUUAGAAAUAUAUCUGAUCAUAAUAACAUGCUCCUAAAUGGUAUGAUUCCUGAUAUUCCAAUCUUUUUGUACAAUUCCAAAAAUGAUGAAAUUGUUCCUCCAGGAGACACUGACGAUUUGUACGAACAUUUUUGCUCCCAAGGGGUCAGUGUGGAAUAUAGACAAGAUAGAUUUUCGGAGCAUAUUCUGACGCAAGUGGUUGGAUCCGGUUGGGCAUUUGAAUGGAUCAGAGAAAGAUUUAAUGGCACAGCUCCAGUUUCCAAAUGUGUGAAGACGACAGUAUUUACCUCUUUGACUGAGCCAUUAAAUCUUGCUGGUUUAGAAUACAUCGCGGGGCAUGCUUUAGAUACUCUUAAAGGAGAACCUGUUGGUCCUGGACAAGGGACAACUUCUUAA